GCCGGUGGGUACACACCGCAGAGCCAGAACAAUUACUAUGCGCAGGGACAGGGCUCGUACUCGCCCUCGCCAACCACACCUGGCUUCCGCCCGCCCCAGAAUCGUCCUUAUCAGCCGCAGCCCGGUGGACCCCCUGGUGCAGGCUCACGUGUCGGCCAAGGGCGUCCGCCCGCUGGCGGACCACCUCCUGGAGGUCCCUCGUCAGGAGGGCCGGGCGGACUUGGUGGGCCUGGUGGCUUCCCUCCCGCCAAGCGUCCCCGCUUCGACGGUCCCGGCGGCGGCGGAGGAGGAGGAGGAGGUGGUGGUGGUGGUGGCGGCGGAGGAGGAGGUGGCAUGUCUGUCCGCCCGCCCAACCCUCGCCCUCCCCCUCCGUUCGGCAGCGGCCUCGCACGCCCGAUGAACGACCGCGGCGGUGGCGGAGGGCGUGGCGGCGCGCCGCCCCCGCCCAUCCCCCGCAUCGGCUUUGGCACGCCCCAGCAGCGUCCGCAGCGCGGCGGGAUGCGCGGAGGUGGCCCCAUGGGCAGAGGAGGCGGCAUGAUGGGCCGCGGGCCGCCUAUGCGUCAGCGUGACCAGCGCGAGAUGCGUCCUCCCCGCACACAGCGUGUCGAGCCUUCUCCUCAGCAGGCGCGCAAGCGCAAGGACAAGGACGCGAAGGAGGCGCGCACCACAAUGACCGACUUCCGCAUUGUUGGCAUUGAGGUCAAAGGGCUCGACUGGAGCUGGGGACUUGUCGGCGAGCACGUUGUCGAAGCCAAGGACGAGAAGGCCGACGACGUCAAGCCCGACGUCAAGCCCGACGUCAAGCCCGACGUCAAGGAAGAAGACAAGGGCGAGCCCGGGAAGGUUGAAGAGGCCGAAAAGACCGACGAAAAGCCCACGCCGGAAGUUGUCGUCAAGACCGAAACUGAAGAGGAUGCUCAGGCGAAGCCGGAUGCCAUUGAGAAAGAGGAGAACCACGAGGCUGCGGAUGAGAAGCGUGGCGAGAAGCGCAAAGCUAGAAAAUCAAGCGUGGAUGGCGACGAGGCGCAGUCGCCCAAGAAGCGGUCUUUCGUUGUGACGCACAACAAGGUGAACACCCCCGGCGACGGUUCCUCGCCCGAGUCAAACCAGAACCGCUUCCGCAUCUACUUUGAGUCGCCUCCCGAGCUUGACCGCGUCCCCAAGUCGGCAAGGCGAAACCCCAACAAGCGCUGGCGUCGUGAGUCGACCACCCUGACUCUGGAUGAGACCCUCCAUGAGGAGACGCACGCGGAGGCGCAUGAGGAGCCAUCGGGCGCGGCUGAGGCUGCCGCCCCGACCGAGCAGGUGAAGGUUGAGCCCGCCUCAGAGGCAGCUCCCGAGGCCAACGGCGACAUGCUAGCAGAGGGCGCGGCUGAGGCCAAGGUCGAGGCUGCUGCCGAGCCUGCCGGGCCUGCCGUGUCUGCCGAGUCUGCCGAGUCUGCCGAACCGACAUCAGCGGCUGCGCCUUCGGAGACUGCCCCUGAGGUAUCGGAGGCCACUCCUGCUGCCGAGAAGGAGGCGCCUGCUGAAGGUGCAGAGGACAAGGAGGAGGCUGGCGAUGUUUCUAUGGUCACGGAUCCCGGAGCUGUCGAGGGUACCACCGGCGAGGGCGAGGAGGCCGAGCACUCCGGCCUCACUGGUAAGGAAGCUUCGGCGGCAGAGGUUGAGGCUGCGCUCGCCGAGUCGGCGCAGAAUGCGGCCUCUGCCUACGGCUCGCGCCAGAAGCCGCGCGGUCGUCGUUGGUCGACGAGCAGCAUUGGCAGCGAUGCCGAGACAGAUAUCACGGCGUUGGCUGGCGAUGUAACACAGCCGUCUCUUAACCGCGUGUCAGUUCUAUACGAGGACAGCUCGCGCCGGCUCGUGUUCGACGCCAGCGUCGUCCAGAAGAUCCGCAUCUUCCGUGGCGAGGGCCGCAUCGAGGUCGACCUGCAUGCACCUCAGCCAGCGAAGGAAGCUGAGGCGAAGGAGGGUGACAAGGAUGCUCAGAAGGAGGCUUCCGCCGAGUCGGAACUUCCGAAAGGCAUUCUGGUCGAAACGUACGAUCCUGCCGAGCAGCGCUUCACCGCAUUGUCGCGCGAGAAGCUUGAUGCAUUGUGGAAGGACGACGAGGACAAGUCUCUGCCGCCGCUGCACCGUGUCUUUGGCAGUGCCACGCCUUCGACUGAGCCCAUCACCCUCACCGUCUUCCUGAACAAGAAGAAGCCGCUGAGUGAACCGAAGUGGUGCCGCACGAACCAGGCCGACGAGUGGCUGUACGAGCAGUUUGGACGGCGUGCCGCCUCCGAUGCAGGCUGGCGCGGCAAGCUCGAAAUUAUGGACCCGGAUGCGCCCCCGACGUUGGCGAACAUGCUCGAGACAUGGAAGAGCGGCUCGAACCACGGCACGGCCCAGCAGCGCGGCGACUUUACUUCCUCGCUGCUCGCCUCGCCCAACGACCUCCUCGAGAUCCUGAUCCGCCUGACUCGCGGCGACCGCAACCCGACCGCAGCGGUGGGCACGGGCCCAACCAGCGCCAACGGGCCGCUCGCGACCGCCAUCCGCCCCGACUCGCCGUACGCGUCGCAUCAGACGCACGUCUCGCUCGCCAUCCUGGCGAUGUACCGCCUCACGACGGACUACGCCAAGCAGGCGGGCAAGACCGAGGCGCUCAACGACCAGAUCGCAGACAUCAUCCGCUCGCUGCCCGGGCAUAUGAUCCACCGCAGCCUCGAUGGGCUGUACAAGGAGUGGCUGGCCGAGCGGCGGGGGUAGCCCAGUGGGCCAGCAUGGCGAUGGCCGAGGCAGGAGGGGGAGGUUACGUGGCCGCGAGAAACAAGAAAUGAGGAGCAGGCGAGA